CUCAAGCAGCGUUUAAUGCGGUUUCAACUGCCGUACUGAACAGUUCGAUCGACCGUUUUCUUUAGAGCUUUUCGGUUGCCCCAGACCAGAUCAGAGAUCUCCGAAGAUGCCCCAGUCCAGUUUCUUCGCCAAGAGCGUGCCCUUCGAGCAGAUCGACAAGUUGGCCAUCAGCGGAGGCUACUCCUCGAUCUUCGCCAGCAGUAAGCCUGCUGUGCCUGUGGUCGGGAACUGGGAGCAGCGCUUCUGCCGCCUGGCGGACACCUUCCAACCGGUCCUGGACAGGGUGUACGAUUUCGAGGUUCGCAAGGACGAUGUGUGGAUUGUGACCCUGCCGAAGUGCGGCACCACCUGGAUGCAGGAGCUGGCCUGGCUGGUGGUCAACAAGUGCGACUUUGAGACGGCCAAGAGCGUGGAUCUCACGCUGAGAUCGCCCUUCCUGGAAUUCAAUGGAGUGGUGCCCAAUGUGCCGCACGACACCAUAGCAGCUGCCAAUGCCCUGCCCUCGCCGCGGCUGAUCAAAUCCCAUCUGCCCGCCUGGAUGCUGCCCCGGCAGAUCUGGGCCAAGCGGCCCAAGAUCAUCUACGUGUACCGCAAUCCCAAGGAUGCGGCCAUCUCGUACUUCCACCACUGGCGCGGCAUGGUGGGCUACCAGGGCACCAAGUCGGACUUCAUGCACUCCUUCAUCGAUGGCUACGUGAAUUUCACGCCCUGCUGGCCGCAUGUCCUGGACUUCUGGCAGCUGCGCCAUGAGCCCAACGUCUUCUUCACCAGCUACGAGAGGAUGAAGGGUCAGCUGGGCAAGGUCAUUGCAGAGGUGGCCCAGUUCCUGGAUCGCGAGGUCAGCGAGGAGCAGGUCCAGCUGAUGACCCAGCACCUGUCCUUCGAGAGCAUGCGCGACAAUCCCGCCUGCAAUCAUGUGAAGGAGUUCGAGAGCAUGAAGGCAGCUGCCGGCCGGGAUGUGGAGGAGUUCAGCACUUCCGCCCACAGGUUCGUUCGCCGCGGAGUCGUCGGCAGUCACAAGGAUGAGCUCACCGCCGACAUCAUCAGGGAGUUCGAUCUCUGGUCCGACAUCAAUCUGCGGGAUCACAAAUUGAACAUGGAUGACUUUGCCAACUACAGCAAGUUCGCUUCCGCGUAAUUCUCUCUAAGUAGUUUCGGUAUAACAUAUCUUGGGUAAUCUUUGUCAAUAGUCCGUAAGCUGUGGUGAUAUACGUAUAAUAAAUAAUUGCUUUCAUUA